AUGGCGCCACGGCUCAGCGUGCACCGUCAUCAGCAUGGCUUCUUCCUGUCUCAAGCCCAGUACGCCGAGGACAUACUUCAACGUGCUGGCAUGGAGCACUGCAAUGCUGUUGCUAGACCAGCAGACACAAAGCCAAAGCCAUCCACAUCCAAUGGCGUGCUCAUCGAUGACGCCACUUCCUACAGAAGCAUUGCUGGUGCACUGCAAUAUCUGACACUCACACGUCCGGACAUUGCGUACGCCGUACCGCAGGUUUGCCUCCAUAUGCACGCACCACGGGACGUGCACCAGACCAUGCUAAAGUGCAUCCUACGGUACAUCAAAGGCACACUCACUCUCGGCGUCCAGCUGUGGGCUGCUCCAACACCGACGAUCACCGCGUACUCGGACGUAGACUGGGUCGGAUGCCCGGACACGCGGCGAUCAACUUUGGGCUUUUGUGUCUUCCUUGGGUCCUCCCUCAUCUCGCGGUCGUCUAAACGACAGAACACAGUAUCGAGGUUGAGCGCCGAGGCAGAGUAUCAUGCCAUCGCCAACGCCGUCUCCGAGUGUUCAUGGAUCCGGCAUCUCCUCGGCGAACUUCUUUGCAGGGUACCGUCGGCGACAAUGGCGUUCUGCGACAACAUCUCUUCGGUGUACAUGUCGCGAAACCCACUACAGCACCAGCACACGAAGCAUAUCGAGUUAGAUAUACACUUUGUCCGGGAGAAGGUCGCCAUUGGUGAGCUACGGGUAACACACGUUCCAAGUGCAAGGCAGAUAGCUGAUAUCUUCACCAAGGGUCUACCAUCGGCAUUGUUCAACGACUUCCGGGACAGCCUCUCCGUUCCAACGCCUACAGUCGAGACUGCGGGGGGUGUCAACGGACUAGCCUCACCAACGACCAGAGCUCGCCUUAGCAUGCAUGCCUUGUAA